UAGUAUUAUUAGGUUAUAUUAUGUAUUGUUUUAUUUUGAACCUAUAAUAUUUCAUAUUGGAGUUAUUAAGCUAUAUUGGUUCCGCUGUGGUGUAAAGGCAACGUAUAGUUAAUGCGGCACCCUUGGGAUUUGAACCCACGCUCCCCCGGUUGUUUACAUUUCUACAUCUGAGUGCCUUACCACUCGGCUACCGGGGCCACAAAAAAAUAAUAGUUGAUAAAUUUCCAUUACCACGUAUGAAAGAUACAUAUAUUGAAUAUUAUAGGAAGGGCAAAAUUCUUUUAAGUGAUCCGUUGGAACGUACCCCCAUUUGGUCUUAAUGUCUCACCAAAUUCAUUCUCAAGAAUGAUGUCAUUACAAUGUUUUACCUGCAUUAGUAGUGGGAUGUUUUGAAAAACAUAAUCUAAAUAAUCUUGAAUCGAUAUUUUCAACAUGUACAAGAUAUAAUUUAAAAUUAAAUCCAGAUAAGUGUCAAUUUUUUGGAAAAGUAACGUAUUUGGCACAUAACUGCACUGAUCAGGGAAUCUAUCCUCACGUAAGCCUUUAUAAAUUACUCGGAAAUUUAUUCGACAUUUUGCAGAACUAGCAAAAUCACUUAACAAUGUAAGAAAAAAAUUAGUUUUAAAUUUACUAAGGAGGCUCAAAAAUCAUUUGAAAAAUUAAAAAAUUGUCUAUUAAAAGCAUCAAUCCUUCACUAUACUGACUUUACAAAAAUAUUUAUAAUUAGCAUUAAAUCAGGAAAACAACGGUUUAUUAUCACUCAUUUCAUUUGCGUCAAGAUCCUUCACAAAAGGAGAAAGUAAUAAAUCAAUGAUAAAAAAAAAAAUUAGCUGCAAUACACUUUGCAAUAAAAUAUUAAUGUUCAUACAUUUAUGGAAUACAUUUUAUAAUUAAAAGCGACCAUCAACAAUUUUCAUACCUAUUUUCAUUAAAAAAUCCUUCUUCAAGACAUACAAGAAUGAAAUUAAAUUUGGAAGAAUACAAUUUUGCAAUAUUGUAGGAAAAUGUAGUAGCCAACAUAUCACAUGCACAUGAUUCUACACAUAAAGACAACUUCAAUGACUAAAAAGGAAAAUAUUGCUAUUAAACAGAGUGAUCUCUGAGGAAUUUAUACUCCUGUAAAGAUAUGAAAAUACAGAUUGGAAAGUCUAAAAUAAGAUGCACAAAAGAAAGAUAGGGUUCUUAGCAGUGUUGAUUAGUGAAGUAUACCUAAAGCGUUGCUCUGAUUCUAAAAUUAAAAUAAAAUAGUUAGCACUUAUUGAUAAAAUUACCACCAAAUUGAAAGUAAUUAUCCGGAUUUAAUAUCUAUAGUUUUCCUAAUAUUCCGAUAGAAGUUGUCAAAAAACUGUGUAAUGGUUAAAUUUUAAAAAAAAAUUUACAUACAGUACAGUUUUAGCGGAUUCUCAAUUCUUAGCUCAUUAGUUAAUACAAUACGCUUCUACAUAUUGCAGAUUAUUUUUUUUGAAGUGGAUUAACUAAUUUUUAUAUAAGCAAAGACAACUUAUGCAAUUUUGAGGGGAAAAAUGAACAUAGUUAUAUGUCAACUAGUCAUGAUGUGUCGUUCGCGAACGAACUAAUCUUAAAGAACGAAUCACUUCACUCAACUUAACUGAUUAGUUCACUUCUUCAAAAAUGAAUCGUUCAUUGUUCACUAAGAAUUCCAAUAUUCUUUUUCAGUUAUUAAAAAACAAAGUAUAUCUAUAAUAUGUUGUUCAACUCGCUCCAUUCGGUUAGUUUUCGUUUGCAUUUUGCUUCCAAAUUCAUAAAAUAUUUCAUUUUUAUUUAGAAAUAGAUGGUAAUAAGAGUUGUGUAGGCAAGAGAGAAACAAAAUAUUGUAAACAAACGAGUGUAUCAAAAACAUUGAACUGAAAUAAAAUUAAUUUAAGUUAGGUAAAAAUUUUUAGGUCUGAAGAAGAAAGGCCCACAUACAACUGGGCCAAGAGUAUUGUAGACAAGCGAUUAAGCGAGAGGGUUGUGGCAACAAAACAACAGCGCUCCACAGAGGAAUCACCUCGGGAAGCUAAAAAGCCAAGGCCACCGAACAAACCCUUGAACGCAUCCCUUAGAGUGAAUCCUGAAGGACCAUCUUGUUGUCGCUAUGGUUGAUCAGGCGCAAGAAGAUGGCAGGAUCUCUGCUGAGAAUUGGAGGAAAGUUGAAAGCCGAUUAAUGGCGGGCUUUCCUCAAAUCAUGAAGAUUAAUCCCGGCCUAUAUCCCCCGUGCAUAGUCCAAGGUUGGUACCAGGGAUUUGUCAAACUUGUGGCUUGUGCUGAUGGCAGGUCUCUCGACCUGUACAAAAAAGCGAUAGGAGUUUGGCCCGGGACUAGGCUCGCGGUCGUUGCGAAAGACCAAAUCCCAAGAAGACGGCGGGCUCGAGCUUGGAUUCCAGUUGAGCCGUCGAACACUAAUACCAUCCUAGAGAUGAUCAGAUUAGGCAAUCCCAACUUACGGACAGCCAACUGGCGGGUGGCAAAGUUGGAAGAGAGAAAGGGCGACUAUCGGCAGGCCCUCAUAAUAAUAAAUAGGGAAUCUUUGGCACCUCUGGAAAGUCAGAGAUUUAUCCUUAACUAUGGGUUCUCCUCCAUAACCCUUAAAGUGGAUAAAACAGACACGAGAGUUGAGUGGGCUCUGGGCCGACGCCAAUAGGGCUCCGGAGAAAUCGUUUGGUCAGUCCCCGCUCUCAUCAGAAGCAGAGAUGCUGAAUGAAGCGCAGCUGACAGACGAUGACGUAAUGCAUCGUGAUCUGGAUCUGGAGGGAUCUUUGUUGGACUUGGAUCUGGACGAGGAUGCAGAUAAGACGCUGGUGGAGGUUAACGCAAGCAGUAAUGCUUCGUGCAAUUCAGAUCAACCUCCACCACUCUAAAGCAUUUUCGGCUGCGCUUCUUCUCCGCUUACAAAUAGGUGGAGAAGAUAUAGUCCUGGUCCAGGAGCCCUGGAUAGCGGGGAGAAAGAUCUGCGGACUCAAGACGCCAGGAUAAAAGCUGUUUUAUAGCGCGGCAGUUCGAAGUAAUGAAGACUUGACUGCAGUCAGUCUCGAAGCUGGUGGUAGUAUCUUCUGGUGAGCAUCAGAAUACCUGCCCUUCGACUUCCAGGGAGAGCUGCCACCCGAGAAUUUGAAGGACAUGGUGGAGAAGGCUCAAUCUCUUCGAAGCGGAUGCGCAUCAUGUAAUCUGGGGAAGCUCGGGCACCAACAUGAGAGUAAUAUUUUUGAAGUUUUGUUGACCGAUUAAAACUAAAAAAAACUUGCAACUCAAGAACUAAAAGGGAAUUAACUACAAAUUUGCAAAAUGCAAUAACUUACUAUUUUUAUAAUAUCAAAAUAAGUGAAAUAUUACAAAUGUCGCUUUAUAAGCCUCGUGGUACAUUCGCAAGGGCAAUUUUUGAAAAGGUUCAUAAUGAUCAAUAUUUGGAUGAAUAUGAUACCAGAAUGUGGUACAAAAUUUCAACUAGACUGCCGGAUUACUUUCAAAGUAAGUUUGUAUUUUUAGAGUGUCCGGAUGAAAUAACCGUAAAUUGGUUGGAGAAAGCAAAAAUGUUAUCAGCCAAUAUUUGGAUUCAGUUAUGGCAUACUGUGGCUAGAGUAUUUUUAGGUUUUUUCAUGACACAAACUGAUAUAAACGGCUUCCUAAAACGGGGAUCAAUGUUUAUUUUGUCAGAAAAACAAUUUUCAAAUUUAUUACAAAUUGGGGGUUUUUACCCCCCAAAUUUUGCAGAAUAUAAAACUGUUGACAUAUUAGACAUUGGAGCAGGCGAUGGAAAGAUUACAAUUCGACUGGCCAAUUCAAUAGCUAAUAUGUUUAAUAACUCUUCUAACAUACGAAUAUAUGCAACUGAAACGAGUUGGACUAUGAGAAAUCGUUUAUCCGAAAGACAAUUUAUUGUUAUAAACCAAAUAAAAGACGUCGCUAAUAUACCACUGAUAUCUUGUUUGAAUGUAUUAGAUCGGUGUAUAGAUCCUUUUAAACUUUUGAAAGAUAUUUAUGAUGUACUAGCACCUAAUGGCAGAGUUUUAGUUGCGUUAGUUCUUCCAUAUCAGCAUUACUGUGAAUUUAAUACUUCACAUAUGCCGCUCCAACCUUUGUUGAAUCAUUGGCCAAGUAAAGCAAGGAAGCUUUCCUUUGAAACUGAAGCUAUAUUAUUUUUUGAGACCUUAGAAAAUUUUGGCUUUAAGUUAGAAGCAUGGACCAAGGCGCCAUAUUUAUGUGAAGGAGAUUUAAGACAAUCGUUUUACUGGUUAACUGACCUUGUAGCCGUUUUAUCGAAGAAAAUUAGUUAGGUAAUUAGAGAAAGGGUAACAAUUGUUCCAGUUUUUAUGGGAAGUCCUUGUCACUGCUGGACAUCGGAAACUGUGAAUGCUAAUCCAAUUAUUUAUUUUAUUUGAAAUUUGUUUUACUACGUUUAAGAUUUACAUAACAUUCUUCAAAUUUUGUUUUUAAAAGUUUUACGGUAAUUUUACUUGUCUAAUUUAUUCUACAUAUUACAUAAAAAUCAAGAAUUUUUUUUUAGAAAAUUCUAAUACAAAAAAUUAUUUUAUUUCAAAUU